GGCAUUCCUCAUCGGCAGUGACAUUAUUUUGGUUUCUAGCGUCUGCUGUUCACUCUCACUUGCACUUCAGUACAUUUCAUGGCGGAGAAACUUGGGAACGAGAGUAUCCUUGAGCAACUCAAACAUGGAAUCGCCCAAUUCGAGCUUGUCUCUUCGCCGGUUCCUUCCAUCUCGACUUCGAAAACUUACUCAUGUCCCGUGCCCCUCUUCUCAGACAAUCACCAUCGGUUCUUUGCGAGAAUUGGACCGUCGCUAGGUAAGGGAUCACCGGCAUCAAAAAACGUUGAGCACUAUUCAGUUCAGAAAGUUACUGGGGAUGGCCGGUGUCUAUUUCGUGCACUGGUCAAAGGAAUGGCUUUCAAUAAGGGUAUCUCUCUUAAUCCACGUGAAGAGAGAGUUGACGCAGAUGACCUACGAAUGGCUGUGAAAGAGGUUAUGUGUGAUAGUGAUAAGGAAAGGCAGCUGUAUGAAGAAGCAGUGAUUGCAAUUACGGUAGAUGAGUCUUUGAAACGUUACUGUCAACGCAUUGGGCGUCCUGAUUUUUGGGGAGGAGAAUCAGAGCUAUUGGUGUUAUCUAAAUUAUGCAAUCAGCCAGUUAUUGUCUAUAUACCAGAGCAUGAGGUGCAAGAUGGUGCUAUUCAUCUAAUAAUGGUACAUAUUUGACCGUGUCUGGUUGAAUUGCAGCAUGGGGGUGGAUGGGGCUCUUGCUUUAUUCCCAUUGCAGAAUAUGGAAGAGAGUUUCGCAGGGGCUCAAGAAAUGGCAAACCAAGGAAAGUUGUGAGGCUACUGUACAGUGGUAAGAACCAUUAUGAUCUGCUUGUCUGAGAAUUAUUCAUGGGAGUAAUGCUGAACAUCGAUACAUGCCAAGGACAUGGAUGUUAAUGUUAGUUUGUAUUUAUAUCCGAGAAGAACUAGUGUCUUACUCCGUUUAUGUUGUAGAAGCUGGAAAAUAAGCGCUGAUGCAAUUUUUGCUGGUCUUUCUCAUUGAGACUAUUUACGUUCUUUUCUACUUUGGGAGGGUGGGGGCUGGCUGUUUAGUGUAAAAGAGAUCACAUGACUUGAUCUGAUGAUCUGUACCCCAAACUGCCUCCUGCUUGGCCUUUUGUGCUAAGUGACCAUGAUUUUCUGUGGUA